AACGAUUCUAAUAUGGCUGCGCCCAUGGCAUGGAUUUCAAGGAUGUACACUAUUGAUUAUGUCGCAAAUGUCCAGUCAUUAACAAACAGACUACAAAUGAUGAUGACAAUUUAACAAUAGUCGACUAGCUACUUUCAACGUAUCUGGCCCCCAUCUACAAGUUCCCGACACUGGAUAACUUUGAAUCAUGGAGCCAGGCAUUAUCAGACACAGUCAAAGGAUGCAAAGUUCGUUGUGAAAGAGGCGAGCUGCAUGGUCUAUGUUACGGUACUUUGUCUUUCACAAUAGAAACUUGGCAUUGUCUGUCUUCUGAAAACCUUGAAUAAGGAGUUAACACUCAAUUAUCAUCAAAAAUGCACCCUUCAAAAGCAGCAGUUGAAGUGAUCCAGUUGGGUCGUAUUUCCUAUGCGCGUGCAUUACAAGUACAGCAACUCUAUAUCAGGAGACAUCUGGAUUCUAAAGACAAAUUGCACAAUGCUCUGCUACUAUGUGAACACCAGCCAGUCUACACCAUUGGAAUCAGACAGGCACUAUACCCAUUCGAAGAGGAGCAAAGACUCAAACUCCUUGGUGCUGAAUUCUUUCGUAGCAACCGUGGCGGACUCAUAACUUUCCAUGGCCCAGGGCAGUUGGUGUGCUACCCAAUACUCAACUUGGGCUGCUUCAAGAAAAGCGUGCGAUGGUACGUCUGUGAGCUGGAGAGGACUGUCAUCAACCUUUGCAGAAAGUAUGGGAUAAAAGCAUCCACCUCCCCAGACACUGGGGUCUGGGUUGGAGACAACAAGAUAUGUGCCAUAGGUAGGUUAACCUUCUGAUUUAAAGAUUACCCAAUUUUUGCAACGUUUACAGCAACAAUGUGUCAUUCAUGAUAUUACAGUCAAAUGUUUCCUCUUUCAGGAAUCCAUUGUGGGAGAUACAUAACAUCUCAUGGCUUGGCACUGAACUGCAACACAGAUAUGGGCUGGUUUGAAAACAUUGUGCCAUGUGGGAUUGUAGGGAAAGGUGUCACAUCCCUCAGUCAAGAACUGGGAAGAGAUGUCUCUAUUGAAGAAUCCAUCCCACGACUGCUGGAAACUUUCAGUGAACAGUUUGACUGCACACUGCAUCAUGGAGCAUAUUCUAAUAACAAUUAAUAAACAAUGCACAGUAAAUAAAACAUGUAUAUUUUCA